GGCUUCGCGGCCGCACCGACCAGCCGCGGGGUGGGGGGCGCGGCGGGAGGGGAGACGCCGGGCAGCUGCCGGCCGCCGAAACGCGCGGGGUGGCGGGAAGGAACGAGUCAGGGCAGAGGCGCGCCGAGCCCGGCUGCCCUGAGCCCGCCGCGAUGUCCAGUGACUCCCCGUCCUUCAGCAAGCCCUCGGACGCCGCGGGGCCGGGGGACAAGGCGGGCGGCUUCGGGAAGGCGGCGGCCCUCAUGGCGCCCUCCCCAGUGGAUAGGGUCGCCGCCGCGGUGGGGAAGAAGCCGCCGCGUAUGCCCAAGUGUGCCCGCUGCCGCAACCACGGCUACUCCUCGCCGCUGAAGGGGCACAAGCGGUUCUGCAUGUGGCGGGACUGCCAGUGCAAGAAGUGCAGCCUGAUCGCCGAGCGGCAGCGGGUGAUGGCAGCGCAGGUUGCGCUGAGAAGGCAGCAAGCUCAGGAAGAGGAACUGGGCAUCAGUCACCCAGUGCCCCUGCCCAGUGCUCCCGAGACGUUCGUGAAGAAGAACAGUGGUGGCAGCUCUUGUCUCUUGUUGGAAAGCAGCAACCCUGCACACUCUACAAGUACAUCCAUGACAGCAGCUAGCACACCAUCAGAGGGGCGGAUGCUCAUUCAGGACAUCCCUUCCAUCCCCAGCAGAGGGCACUUGGAGAGCACGUCUGAUUUGGUUGUGGACUCCACCUACUACAGCAGUUUUUACCAGCCGUCCCUGUAUCCUUACUAUAACAACCUGUACAACUACUCCCAGUACCAAAUGGCAGUGGCCAGUGAGCCCUCCUCAAGUGAGAAUGGGGGUACAAUUGUAGGGUCGGCCAUGAAAAACAGCCUUCGAAGCCUCCCAGCAACUUACAUGCCAAGCCAGUCGGGAAAACAGUGGCAGGUGAAGGGUAUGGAGAGCCGCAAUGCCGUGAGCUCCCAGUACCGCGUGUGCUCCUACUACCCGCCUGCCUCCUACCUGGGGCAGGGUGUUGGUGCUCCCACAUGCCUCCCCCAGAUCCUGACAUCUGAGGACAUACCCUCCUACUUGGAGUCAAAAGUGAGAGUGUUUUCGCCGCCCAGCAGCCAGGACUCCGGACUGGGGUGCCUGUCCAGCAGCGAGAGCACCAAGGGGGACCUGGAAUGUGAGCCCACCCCGGAGCCCGGCGCCUUCGCGGUGAGCCCCGUCCUGGAGGGCGGCGAGUAGAGAGACGCACGGCACGGCCCUCGCCCGGGGCAGGGCAGUGCAGCAGCGUUCACGGUUUGCUUGUUCUGCUUGGGGUUUGUGGGG